AUGCCCAUUCCAGCACAAGCUACUUGGAUGGUAAGAAUGAUCAUAGAAGCAAGACAUGUGCUAACUCAGAGUCAACUGGUUUUGAGGAAUAACAAGAGCGUGAUUAGGCAGUUCUACCUUCACCUUAUUGGACAACAAGAAAGAACUUCAUGGAAAAGUCUCAUGUUUCAGAAUACAGCUACUGCUAAGGCAAAGUUUACUAUGUGGCUGCAUUUCCAUGGAAAAAUGCUUACAAGUGACAGGCUGAUCAAAUGGGGAAUUUCUGCAGAUCCUAGGUGUGUGUUAUGCCAGAAGCUCAACAAAACUAGGAACCAUUUAUUUGCAGAAUGUCAUUAUACUAGAGGUCUUUGGAAUAGGGUGUUAACUUGGCUGAAUAGAGCACCAUACACAGCAACUACCGAGGCACAAUAUAUGAACUGGCUGCUAUCUCAUUCAAGGGGCAAAUCACAAAAUGCAGCUGUUUUCAAAAUGGUAUUAGCUGAAAUUGUACAUGGAGUUUGGACUGAGAGAAAUCUGCGCAUAUUUGAGAAGAGGAGCAGAAGCAUUGAGGAAAGUGCAAGACUAGUAGCAUGCACCUGCAACAUUCGAGCUGUAACUGGAACAAGAAUGCUGCUGCAGAGACUUGUUUUUUGA